AUGGGAGACCGACACAUUACCCAGCAGAGCAUCUUCACCCUUCUGGGCAAGCUCGACGACCCCGAUGCCGACCUGCGAUACAUGUCUCUCAAUGAUCUAUUCAAUAUUCUCAACAGCCCAAACUCUUCAUUUCUCUCGGGUGAUGAAAGAUCUGCCACUAAAUUGGCUGAUGGACUGCUCAAGGCACUGGAUGAUCAGCAUGGCGACGUUCAAAAUCAAGCGUUGAAGUGUCUUGGCCCCUUGGCCCUUCGACUGCCAUUCAAUGCACUGAUGCCCUUGCUCGAGAAAUUAACCAACCUCACCUCUUCCCAGACGCUGGACACAUCGGUCCCUAAUACCGCCCUUCGCACCAUUGUUGAUACCCUCCCCCGCCCUCAAGCCGGACAGCCUGCGACUCCGUCCGCAGUCACCGCAUAUAACGCCGUAUCCAAGGUUCUGAUUCCUAGGCUGGUUGGUCCGACUCAGUCAAGCUCUGGCCGCCGAGGCUCUGUUGUGCGGGGCAUGUUGGAGAAGGAUCCGGCCAAGGGCUUCAGUAGUGAUGCCAUCGAUGUGCUCAUCAAAGUGGUUACAUGUUUCGGACCGCUUCUCCAGGAGCACGAGCUGGCUGCUCUGACUGAGCCUGUCAUGGCCAUUAUUCAUAACGAUACCGCGGGAACCGUGGUCACUAAGCGUGCGCUGGCGGGCAUUUCUGGACUGGUUCUUUUCUACUCUGAUUCCCAGCUCAAUGCUUUUGUGAAGCGCCUCGCGGAUACUCUUGCAUCGCCUGAGAUAUCCACUGUCCACAGACGUCAUCUGAUUGCGGCGGUCGGUACUAUUGCCCGAAGUGCCCCGGUCAAGUUUGGUCCACAUCUGAAUAGUCUUGUGCCAUUCGUCUUCUCUGCUGUUGGAGAGGAGGGUGUUACAGCACACUGA